GCUCCCCACCGGAAGCUGGUUUUCGGCCGGAGGGUCGGAAGAGUUCCAAGUGCCUGCAAAACGGACGCCGACGUGCUGGAACGCGCGUCCGAAUUCUCGUGUCCGAGCUGUUCGGAAAAGGCUAAUAGGAGAAAAGAAGAGAAAUUAAUUCUUUUGGGGUGGAUCCAAGACAGCUGCUCCAAAAAGAGACUCCCAAAGAUGUCAACUCAAGGCCAUACCUGGGCCCGACAGGUGAAGAAGGAAGAUGAGGAAGAGGACCCGCUGGACCAGCUGAUCUCCCGUUCUGGCUGUGCGGCUUCCCAUUAUGCAGUACAAGAGUGCAUGGCCCAGCACCAGGACUGGCGACAGUGUCAGCCACAGGUACAGGCCUUCAGGGACUGCAUGAGUGAACAGCAGGCAAGGCGCAGGGAGGAGCUCCAGAGGAGGAAAGAGCAAGGCAGUGCCCACCACUGAGACCCCAAACCACCUAUCCCCAGAGAAUGGCCCUGUAGAAACUAGCACCCAGAGAGAUCUUAGGAAGAAGUCCUGAACAGCAGAAGUGUGGGCCAAGAGGUAUAAAACUCAGGGAUUAUCUUUGGCUAAGACUGACGUUGAGAGCCGGGCAGCUGUGGGUUUGGACAUAACUGCUGUAAAGAGCUGUGAUCUUGCUUUCUCAUUAGAACAACUAAUUACUAAUUACGAGAGCGGAGAGUGCGCCAUGAAGGCUUCGGGAACACUGUGAAGAGUACAAGGUGGUGGGGUGCUCCAUGCCCACCCCCAAAUGUUGCACUCCGCCCCUGUAUUGCAUGCGAAUCUUGGCACCUAAUCACGUCGUCGCCAAGUCCCACUUCUGGUACUUUGUGUCUCAGCUGAAAAAGAUGAAGAUGUCUUCGGGGGAAAUUGUCUACUGUGGACGGGUGUUCGAGAAAUCCCCCUUGCGGGUGAAGAACUUCGGCAUCUGGCUGCGCUAUGACUCACGCAGCGGCACCCACAACAUGUACCGGGAGUACCGGCACCUGACCACUGCGGGCGCCGUCACCCAGUGCUACAGGGACAUGGGCACCCGACACCGUGCCCGGGCUCACUCCAUCCAGAUCAGGAAGGUGGAGGAGAUUGCAGCCAGCAAGUGCUGCCGAGCAGCCGUCAAGCAGCCGUCAAGCAGUUCCACGACUCCAAGAUCAAGUUCCCGCUGCCCCACUGGGUCCUGCGUCGUCAGCACAAGCCACGCGUCACCACCAAGAGGCCCAACACCUUCUUUUAAAUGCAGAGCCUCCCUGUCUCCAGGUCUGCUCAAAUAAACUCUUUGGGGAAA